AGCAUGUUCCGGACGCCGCCUGGAGAAACCACCGGCCUUUUUCAGAACCACUCCACCGAGCGACACGGCUGGGGAGAUAAGAGCCACCCGAUCAGUGACCCCCGCGCCGUCCAGCCACCGGGAGGAGGGGGAGGGGGGCGCGAAGGGGCCCCCCGCCCGGGCAGCGCCUGCGCUCUCAGCCUCCUCUCGCCUGCCUCGGAGGUCGACGCGGCAGGCAGGCAGGCAGGCGUCGGAGCGGGAGCUGGCGAGCGCCCGAUGCCUAUUUUAGUCAAAAACCUCCGCUCGGGGGGAUCGAGCGCGCUUCCCGCAGGCUCCUCUAGGCGGCGCCGGAGAGCGAGAGGGUGCCCUCGGAAGAAGGAGCCGGUCGCCGCCCGAGGGGCCGCCGAAGAAAGUCCGGAGAAGGAGCCUCGGAGGCGACGGGACGGGGAAGGGCGCCAAGCGGACACUUCAAGAUGAGCGUUAUGGAAGCCAAUUCAGUCCCAGUGACCCCUUUAAGUUCCGUCCCAGAUUUCAGAAAUGGCACCUCAGUGCCUUUGAAUGAAACAAUGUGUGAACACUGGAGAGAAAUUCACCAUCUGGUUUUUCAUAUGGCCAAUAUUUGUUUUGCAGUUGGACUGGUUAUUCCGACAACAUAUCAUCUUCAUAUGAUUGUUCUACGAGCCAUGCUAACAAUAGGAUGUGCACUUUUUAUCAUCUGGGCAACACUUUUCCGGUGUGGUCUGGAUAUAAUGAUCUGGAAUACAGCAUUUCUUGUUAUCAACCUUCUCCAUUUUCUGUACUUGUUGUACAAGAGAAGACCAAUAAAUAUAGAUAAAGAACUUAGCAGUCUGUAUAAGAGAAUGUUCGAACCACUCCAUGUGCCUCCAGAGCUGUUCCAAAGACUGACAGGACAAUUCUGCAACAUUCAGAUGCUAAAACCAGGUCAAGCAUAUGCUGCAGAGGACAAAACAUCGGUGGAUGAUCGAUUAAGUAUUCUGCUAAAAGGAAAAAUGAAGGUCUCCUAUCGAGGGCAUUUCCUGCAUAAUAUUUACCCCUGUGCCUUUAUAGAUUCUCCUGAAUAUCGAUCAACUCAGAUGAAUCGGGGUGAAAAGUUCCAGGUCUCUAUUACUGCUGAUGAUAACUGCAAAUUCUUGUGCUGGUCCAGAGAGAGACUUGCUUAUUUUCUGGAAUCAGAGCCAUUUCUUUUUGAAAUUUUUAAGUAUCUUAUUGGAAAGGAUAUUACAAACAAGUUGUACUCAUUGAAUGAUCCCACUCUAAAUGAUAAGGCAUCUCAAAAAAUUGAUCGGCGGCCCAGUCUGUGUUCGCAGCUCUCUGUGAUGCAAAUGAGAAACAGCAUGGCUAGUUCAAGUGAUGGUGAAGAGGGCUUGCAACAUUUCCUCCGUGGGACGUCCACUGCCUCCUCUCUCCGCCCACCGUCCCCUCACUUAAGAACAUCACAAAAAAUGAAACCUAUUGAAGAAAGUGUGGAAGAUGAUGUCUUUGAAGUUCCAUCUACUGAUCCAUCUGAAUCUCAAGUGACCUCAAUGGCCUGAAUUCUGGUCAUUUGCACGAGUAUGGCAGACAGGGAAAGACAUGUUGAUGAAAUGAUUAAAGUGUGUGUGUGUGUGUUUUGCUUUGGUGUUUUUUUUUGCCACAAAAUAGCUUCUUAGUAUAUUUUUAUACGUUGACCCAACUCAUAGGGCCUGUGCGUGGCAAUGGGACUUGGAACAAUUAUUCCAGUGCCUAGGUGGGUGGACUGUCUCAUCUUUGUUAGUGAGUGAUAUUCAUGCCGAGGUCCAGUCUCUUCUUUUCAAAAUAAUGAAUUAUUUGUAGCCACCAGAAAUUGCUGGACUGGAGAAAAUGGAAUUGAAAUUGAAGUCUUAAAUAAAAAAUGUCAAGAACAUUGAUUUUAAGUCACUUUGCAGUGACAUCCUAUAGAAAGCUGUGCCAUCCGUUGUGCAUGUUCAUUUUGCUAGUAAAUGGAUCUUUGAUACUUGACUGCUUUUUUAAAUAUGAUGCAGGUUGUUUCCAACCAUUGUAAGUCUGGUGGUGCACUUGCAGGAUGAGACUUUUUUUCACAACAGGCUGAGGAAAGGAGUUGCAUUGACUAAGUCCAGCCCUGCCUAAUAAGAUUACUAGCUCAGCUGCUGCACAGCAUGCCAUAGAGAUAUUCUAUCAUGUGUGUGCUCCCUUCCACAGUGCUGAUGCUGAGGUAGGUUCCUCCUCCAAAGUAGACUUUUAAUAAUGUUUAAUCAGAAGUAUACUUUUAAUCCUCUCUCUCUCUCUCUUUUGGUGGAGUGAGAUAAUAUUACAAUAACUAGGUUAAUUACAUUUCUUUUGAGCAGUCCAACAAUGUGCCAAGUGUUUAAAAGUGGUACAAAUGUGUGGUGCAGAUAAGCAUGCCCACUAUAGCAGGACCUUAGGCUUAUACUAUUUGCAAUGUUACACUAAAAAGAAUGACAAUGUAAUCCCAUCCUUACUGAAUGAUAUGAGAUUGAUUCAGGAUUAGUUUUCAGUGUGUGGGAGGGCUUCACUCAUGGAAGGUACCUUUGCCUGGUAGUGGAUUGCAGAGUCCUUGUACCACAGCUCACCAUGACCAGCCAUGGGUCCCAGACCUGGAGGUACUAUUCUCAGGCAUCUAGAGAAUCUGCCAUGGAGCGGAGGGGGAAGGGAGGCCCACUUCAACGAGUUCAACUGAAUGUAAAAAUGGUGUGGAGCUAACAAAUGUUUUAUAUAUGUUUAUAGUGCCAUGCUUUUCCCCAGGAAUAGGAAUUAUCUAGUGCUGUUAUUCAUUGUGCUGUUAAAUACACAGUUGGAUAUUAUCCAAAUUAUUGUAUAGUAAAAUGGAUUCUUUGACAUAUAUCUGAUGGGAACAUCAACAAUCAACUGUAGCAUAUUUUUAUUUUAGUUGCAUUGUAAAGAUGUGUUGAGGCCUAAUUAAGGAGCACUUCCAUCCGAGUUGAUUUGAACUGGAUCUUUGUGUGUCUUCUCUCGCGUUGAAAUCAAUAGGACUUGAAAGUUAUUGUGGCUGAAUUUUCUAAAGUCAUCACAGUAACAACUGGUUUGGAAGACAAAUCAUAAGCAUCAGCGAGGCUUGUACUGGCAAGAACUUUGAAGAAAAUGCUUGAGAGGAAAUGCUUGUUAUUAGCAGAUGUCUCAAAAAUGAGAAACUACAAAUUUUUGUAAAUUGAUGCCUUUUUAAAGGCUAGAUACUUAAAAAAUCUCAUCUAAUAACCAUGAAAGUUAAUAUUUCUUUUUAAAUCAAGUGCUUAGCUUUUCCAAACAAAACUGCUGUUCUGCAGUGGUCUUAUUUGUACUCCUUGCUCUUUUGUAUAAAGUAAAUAGAUUUCCUACAGUUGGACUUUAUAGAAACGAAGUUCCCUUACAGCUUUACAAACAUUGUAAAAACAUCAAUGUGGCUGAUUUGGAUUAACCAAUUUGACUAUAAUUUGAACAAUAAUAAAUUUAGUAUGGCACAGUUAUAAGACUUUAUGUUGUUUCAUAUCUGCAGAGACAAUGGCCGAAGGUUAUUUUUUAAUAUGAAUGUACAUAUGAGAAAGAUGGAUUUAACAUGUGUACAAUAAAUCUAUUUAAAACAUUUUGAA